GCACCUUUUCCGGAAUUUUUUUGUCAUACAUCCCAAAACGCAUGGCAUCUGGUUUCGCCUGACCUCCACAAUUCCUUUUCCCUCUUGACCCUGUCCGGACUAGGUCUCUUUCGUUCCUUUCUGCACCCUUCUCCUGAACGACCUACACGACCUUGAACGGUCCUCAACGCCGUGAUUACGACCCUCCCCACAAAGAUAGACAAUAUGGCCACAGCUCUUGCUCCUCCAUCUUCUGAUACUGGCAGGAUCUCUCAAUUACUUCCCACUGUGAAAUGCUCUAUUUGCAACGAACCCGUGCGUUUAGCAGACCUAGGAGAGCAUAUUUGUCCUUCAUCCUCGCCGUCCUCGAAGCUGACUUCGAAAAUAUCCCGGAUGAUGUCUCCUGGUCCUCGUUCUAGUCGCACGACCAGAACGAGUUUUUCGACUAUGAGGAGUCGUUCAGCUUCGAGUGUAUCAAGCGCUUACAGUGAGUUUCCUCUAGCGAUUCCUCCAGUAUCGUCACCUCCGCCACUGCCCAAGACCUCCCCCCCGUCACAAUCAACACAUCCUAUCAGUCACCCGUACCCUGCAUCUCUCCGUGACCGUAGUUAUUCUACGGUUUCGAAUUCCCCUCGUUCACCCCGUACUCCUCCUCCAAGUUCCCGCUCACCCCCUCAUCCUCAACCAAUACUGCCAUCGCUAUCUCGCUCCCCUGCUCCUACUCCAUCCCCAGGUCCGAUUCCGUUGACACCGCCACCAGCGACGUUUUCUCGUGUAGAAACAUCACGCACUCCCGCAUUUCCACCUCAACAUUCUCCUCGUACUGACGCUCGCCUUUCAUCCACGCCCUACGUUAUUUCUACACAUUCUCCUCGUCCUCUUCCUCCUAGCUCACCAGGCGUCAUAGCGACCGAUCCUCCCGGCUCUCCGUCCACACUUCAUUUCUCACAGCCAGCAACUUCACACCAUCCGGAUUCUCCAUCAUUUCCCAGUAAUCCGCUACCUCCCAUUCUGCCUCCCCAGUUUCCACCGGGGCCUUCCCGUCACACACAACAAGGCCUGCAACAUGGCCAUAGUCCCACCGGUAGCAUGUUUUCCACCCAUGGAACCAUCGUUAGGUCUCCUGAACCAGAUACGAAGAUAGGCGGUGAAGCUGGGAUGGCUGGUGUCGGAAGACGAGGGUUCGCGGCUGUAGCCGGUGCUGCGUUAUUCGUGAUACCCCGAGCUCAAGGACGGCAGGAUAUUGGUUAUCCCAUGAAUCCGAUCACCAUACCGCCCACUCAAACGCGACCUGAUCAAGCUGUUCAAAGCCGACCACAGUUUUUGGAUAUUUCCGCCGCUAACAAAGCAAUAGGUCCAUCUCUACACAGCCCCUCCACACUCUCCCCUCGAUCACCGUUAUCAUCGACCCCUACGUCUCCUACCACACCCCGCACACCCCGCACACCUGAUGCACGUACUGCACCCCCUGGACAUCCCGCUUUUCUAGUACCUGGGAGUCCUGGAGGUCACCCAAGCUCGUUACUCGCCGGAUCUCCUAGAGGCUCGCCAACUGGACCUGCAAAGCCUAGUGGUACUCCCGAUGCAUACUUCCCUCCUGAAUCCAAAUCACCCCCAUCCCAGUCGCCUCCCUCACAUACUAGAAACUUAUCUACCUCCUCGGAUGGAUCGGAAGUUGGCCUUGCGUAUACCCAGAGCGUCAGCUACGAAGACGACGAGGUGGAGGACUUUGUGAGCAGGGCGCAGAACGCGAGGAGAAGGAGGAGUACCAGUCGCGCUCGGUCUAGGCAGGACUCGAUGUCUUCAAGUACGUCGAGUGGUGGCGGGACCGGCCGAGGUGUACCACAGCGGAAAAACAGCCACACCUUGCCAGGAGAAGGAGAGAUACCUCCAUUGCCAAUCUCGUCGGGGAAAGGCCUGGAGCUUGAAACUGCCUUCAAUGCGGUUGCUGCUUCCUCGAGUGCUGACGGAAUAUCGUUGACUUCGCCCACAGAACUUUCCGUUAACUCUAUUUCAAAGUUGCACGUUCCUUUGAGGUCGAAUACUGUCCAAGGGUUAACGACGCCGAAAAGUGAAGUGGAUCCGUUUGAUUCGUUUAUGGCCAAGUUACCUAUGAGGAGCAAUACGGAGAGAGCUAGCUCGUCAAAUUAUCAACAUUAUCAUGGGAAGGAGAAAACGAUGCCAGGACUUAAUAGUACUAAAGGAGAUUCGACAAAGAGUCGAAACCGGGUGAAGUUGUGUGUUGGAUGUGAGAAGCGGAUAGAGGAUGGGAGGUGGGUUCAGGUUGACGAUGAGCAUGGGAAGGGUAAGCAGAGGAAAGGUGUGCUCUGUGAGGGAUGCUGGAAAGGGAUGUAUCUGCCCAAGUGUCGUCGAUGUCAACUACCCAUCGAGAAACACGCGAUCUCGUCAAGUGAUGGCCAGUUAAAGGGAAAAUACCAUAAGGAGUGUUUUACAUGCUUCGAGUGCAAGGCUCCAUUCCCAAACAAGACUUUCUACGUGUUCAACGACCAACCUCUUUGCGGUUAUCACUACGCGAAACAUAAUAACUCUUUAUGCAAUUUAUCCUCCUGUGCGCAACCUAUAGAAGGCCCGUGUGCAGUUGAUCAUAAGGGAGGACGGUAUCAUCCUGCACACUUCCUUUGCAUGUGGGACAGGUGUACCGAAAAGUUGGACAAAGAAUACUGGGAGGUUGACGGUAAGGUCGUGUGUGAACGACAUGCUCAGAUGCAGUUCCGACAAUCGAGAAUGUUUGGACUUGGAGGAUCGAGGAAGUCGAGGGCAUGGGCGCUUUCGUUGUAUGGGGCGGAAGGGGUGUAUGAUGGAGUACGUGAUGAGGAGGAGGAGUCGAGGUAUGAUAGCGAGGAGGAGUUUGGUGAGGAUAGCGCAGAAUGGAAAGCAAUGAAGAGGACUACGAGGUUUAUUGACCUGGGGUCAUUGGGGCUGGGAGGUACGGAAGGGCGACAGUUGAAAUGAUAUCUGUCCCUUAGCCCGCGGCCCCCCUAGUGUUCAACUCAAACCCACCCGUCCUGUCACACUGCUCGGACUUUCCUUUCUCUCUGGUUUUAUGCAUUUUUCAAUCUACGUUUAUUCGAUGCACUUAUCUUUAUUCAUUUUUUUGCAUAUUUCCUUUCAUUUCCUUGAUUACAUCCUCUUUCUUGGGCCCUGUUUUUGCCAUUUUGCUAUUGAUUGCGCCCGCGUGAAACCUCCACUCGACUUCGCAUUUAUUAACCAUUUCACUAAUUGUCGUACCUUUUCCUGUUUUCACUUUUCCUUCGUUGUGCGCGCCCUUUUGGCCUUCAAACGGAGUCCUCGUCUAUCUCUACACCUCUACUGCCUAUGUCCGGACUAUCUUUCCCUUCGUUUCUAUGCAUGACCUAGGACUUAUCUGCCUUACCGUUCAUUGCCUCUUACCCAUCCACCCAACAAAAGUACUUCGCUCGUUUAAGACUUUUUCAUUCAUUUACUGUCCACGCUCGCUUUUUGUUAUCCUCAGCCAUUUGCCUCUGAAUUUCGUCUGUUGUUGCCGAUGGGAAUUAAACGUGUAUUUAUUAUUUACUAUUUUUUUGCGACUAUACGCCUCUCUUGGG